AUGGUCAAGAAAUCAAUCAUCAGCAAACAUAUAAUUCAUUACUCUUACAGAGAACCAGUGUAUGGCAUAAUAUUAAUAGAAGAUGAAGACAUCAAAUCGAUACAAAUUUUCGAUGAGACUGUAAAUAUUGAUGCAGUCAUUUCGAGGUACCAAAGCUGAAACCCAAUGAAUUUUGGGGAUUUUUAUACUUUUCUAUAUGAAUUUUUAAUAGAAAAAAAUAAAAAUAUAUCAAAAAAAUAUAUACUAGCUCUCCCUUUGAGUGAAAAAAUCCGUUGGAAAAUCCAAAGCCUACUACCUUCAGUAAGCGAACAAAAAAUCUUUUAAUAUAAAAAUUGUUUUGAUGACAUCUAAAUGAUAAUUAGUAUAACAAAAUCUCUAGCAAAUUCUGUUAAAUUUUAAAAAAACACAUAAUUUGCACAAAUUAAAUUAAUAUUCACUUUCCAAUUGCCAAAUUGAUUAUAAUAUUUAUAUAUAAAUUUAAAAAAUUAAAUCCCAUCAUCAUGAGAGAAUAUUUUUUUUGUAGUAGGAGAGUAAGGGUUUUUAUUUAUAGGAAAAUAGAAUACAUAUCUCCUGGGAUAAUAGAUAUCGGCAUUAGGCCAGAGUUCGAGAAUUUGCAAAAUACAAGCAGAAUGGCCGCCUCUGGAGGGGUGACUUUUUUCCUUGAAGAAAAACCUUUAUAUAACGAAGAAAUCACUGAAAAUCACAGCGAUCUUUGCUGUGAUAUUGGCUCACUACUUCGCAUUGAUGAUGAAAAAUGCAAUAUUGACGAACUUAAACAAAAAUCCCACCCAUUUGCAAUUAAAGCUUACCUCUCCCAGCCAUCUGCAAUUGUGAAUGCUGUAUCAGACUUGCCAAGCCUAUUUUUUAAAGCCCAAAAGACUGGUUUGCCACUAAUUCUAGACCCCUCAUUGCCAAACCAGAGGAUGCUUUAUAUGGCAUCUCCAUGUAGAUUUUUGAGAAUCAAUGAAAGAAUAAGUCAAGAUACCUCAAAAGAUCUACGAUACUUAGCAGCUGCUUUCCCAGAUAGCAUUGACUCUGAAAGUGACGAUGACGAGAUUACCUUAAAUUUUGAAAAUAAAAAUAGGAGAAGAGCUUCAGAGCCAUUAGUUCCGAUUUUUCAAGAAGAUGGGCAACCAGUCAAAAGAAUGAAGGUAGAAGAUAAAGUGAAUUACUCUUUAGACGAAAGCGCAAUAGAAAAAAUUGAGUCUCCCAAUAUGAUUAUUGAGAACUCAAGCCCAGAACAAAGUACAGUGAAUAGCAUAGAAUAUAUGCUAAAUCCUAUAAAUAAAAUUACUAAGCCAGCGAAGCUGGCUUUUUUAGCUGAAUUUUAUUAUAACUGUACCAUAUUUUUAAUUAAAAGGAAUUUUCAUAGAAUUAAAGUAAUAGAAGAAAGCAUUGAAAACUUAAGCAAAGCUGAACAGCUCUCAUACCAAAACUCCGGUAUCACUUCUUAUACAGACCCCCAGCGUCGAAGAAGUGUCUCAGUUUGCUAUUUCAAUACAAACUCAGCAGAAGAAGCUGAAUCCCCAGCUAAAAAAAGACUAGAAGGCUUCCGGCCUAACCCACUUAUUUUAUCUACAGAUUCAAGUCCCCACAAUGAUGAUUUAUAUAUAGUGUAUAUCGCAAAUAUUCCUGAUAAAUGGGAAAUAGCUGGCGUGGACAAAAUUCUCCAAGCUUUUAGCACCCAGAAAUGCAAGCUUCAUAUAGCCAACCUAUCAAGUGCAAGCUCAGUCAAUAAAAUCCGCCAUGCUAAGCUGCCAGCUACCUUUUUCAGCUGUGAUACUGCUUCAAGCUAUUUAUGCUUUAAUGACCAAGAUAUAGGAAAAGGUGAUACAAGGUUCAAGGAUUUUCCACCAAUCAGGACAAAAGCAAAUUCUGACUUGUUAUGGGAUUUAUUGAAGCUUAAAGACAUAUCCCAUUAAAAAAGAAUUCUAAUUAAUUAUAUUAUAAGAAAAUCAUAUACAUAUUUAUUAUUUUUAAGAAUAAAAAUGAUUUCUUCUCAUCAUGCUUCAAUUCCAAACCGCUAUAAGCAGCUAGACAGCGGAAGUUUUAGAAAAUCCUUAAGUGGAGUUAACAACCUUGGGUUUAAUUUACAGUCAAUUUGGACCCACCUUAUGAAAAAGCCUAACUUGGAGCCUCUCAGAGAGCGCUAUUUAGUCAACAUGUCUAAGUGACUAUCUUUAUACCCUGCCCAGCUGUUAGGAAUCGACACCAAACGAGGGUCCAUUUCUAUAGGCCAACAUGCCGACUUAAUCAUAUGGAAACCCUAUGAAGCCACCACAGGAAAAUCCUACUCAGAGUACAAGGAAACUUGUAUAUACCAAAACUCCUCAUUGUAUGGGAAAAUCUCCAAAGUGAUGAUAAGAGGGAAAUUCGUUUAUAACGAAGGCACUUUUUAUCCGAACGGCAGAUUUGUAAAUAAUGCUUAA